AUGGUUCGCCCUGUUAAAUAUUUUGAAAAUCAAACAUUAGUUCAAUUUCAAAUGUAUCCUACAAAAAUAUAUAUGGAUGAACACCAGGAAAUAUUAGGAUUCCAAGGAAAUAUAUUAUAUGUAUGGACUGAUGCAUUUUUGAAAUGGGAUCCAAGAGAAUAUGAAGGUAUUGAUUUUAUCAGAGUGAGCAGUAAUGAAAUUUGGGUUCCCGACAUUAUGGUCGACACGUCUCAUACGACAGAAUCACUGUCGAUGACAGGAGCUGCCGAUUGUCAUUUAGCUCACAUGGGAAACGUUUAUUGUUUCAUAAUGACGACACUUUUAGCACCUUGCACACCUGAAAUAACAAAUUAUCCAUUUGAUUAUCAAAAUUGUACAUUAACAUUUGCAUCCUCUGGAUUCGUUGGAAAAUUUGUUAAUUUUACUUUGUUCGAUCCUAAAAAUGGAAUUAAAAUGACGUUGUAUAAACCGAAUGGAGUUUGGGAAUUAAAAGAAGCAACAGCACGACGACAAGUAAAACAUCUUUCAGUUGAUGACGAAUCGACAUUUUAUCCUUUGAUUAGAUGUAAUUUUAUUCUUAAAAGACAUUCAUCUGCUCAUGUAGCAAUUGUUAUUUUACCAGCAGCAGUAUUAGCAGGAUUAUCUUUAACAAUUUUUUGGAUGGAUACAAUGUAUGUAACAAGAGUCGGAAUUGCUGCCAUUGUUAUUCUUUCCGAUGUUAUUUAUUGUAUUUAUUUAGGAAUGAUUUUACCCUCAAACGGUAGCAGAACACCCACCAUAGGCAUUAAUCCGGGUCCCGUUGUUAAAGCGACAAAAGGAGGGGUUUGGCCGAAACCACAAAAUAAAAUAACAAAUGAAUAUUUUUUUAUUGUUCGUUCAAACGUUUUUCAAUUUAAGGUUGAGGGACCCAGUUGUGAAAUAUUAGAAAAAGCUUUACAAAGAUACAAACAAGAUUUAAAGAGUCAAGAAAAAAUUCGUAGAAAUGCUAAAUUAGUUUAUACUAAAAAUGAUAUCAGAAGACGAAGAUUAGUUAAUGAAGAAAAUUUUAAAGGUUAUUUAAACGAACUAACCGUUGAACUUAAUUCCGAAUGCGAAACCAAACCACAUUUAAACAUGGAUGAAAAAUAUGAACUUCGAAUUAAUACUGAGGAUAACAUCGGUAGAGCAUCUUUGUUCAGUCAAUCGAUUUGGGGUAUACUCAGAGGUUUGGAAACAUGGUCACAACUUGUUUACAUGUCUCCUGAUUUUCGUGCUUUAGUUGUAAAUAGUACUUUUAUAAUGGAUUAUCCAAGAUUUUCUCACAGAGGUUUACUCAUAGAUACUUCCAGACAUUUUUUACCAGUUAAUACAAUAUAUAAAAUGUUGGAUGCAAUGGUUAUGUCUAAACUCAACGUUCUUCAUUGGCAUAUCGUCGACGAUCAUAGUUUUCCAUAUCAGAGUAAAGUUUUUCCUGAAUUGAGUGCAAAAGGUGCUUAUGCUCCUACUCACGUUUACACUCCAGAAGAAGUGCAAAAUAUAAUUACUUAUGCUGGAAUGAGAGGAAUUCGUGUGGUCCCUGAAUUCGAUACUCCAGGACACACGCGGUCUUGGGGAGAAGCUUAUCCAAAGCUUCUGACGAAAUGCUACACUAACGGAUAUCCGGAUGGAAGUCUUGGUCCCAUGAAUCCUGUCUCAAGUGAAACAUAUUCUUUUAUGACUGAAUUAUUACAAGAAGUAAAAGAUGUUUUUCCAGAUUCUCAUAUUCAUUUAGGAGGAGAUGAAGUUGAAUUUGAAUGUUGGAAUAGCAAUCCGGAACUCCGGGAAUACAUGAAUAAAACAGGUCUAACUGUAAAACAGUUGGAAGAUGUUUACGUUAAAAAAAUAGUAGACAUGGCUUCUAAUAUAUCGGCAAAAUCUAUUGUCUGGCAAGAAAUAUUUGAUGAUGAUGUAGAUCUUCAAAUAGAUACUGUCGUUCAAGUUUGGAAAGGAAACCAUCGAUUCGAAUUGAAAAAAGUGACCUCGAAAGGUUACCAAGCACUUUUAUCAUCUUGUUGGUAUUUGGAUGCAUUAAAAUCCGGUGGAGAUUGGCAUGAUUUUUACCGUUGCGAUCCUCAUGAUUUUGGUGGAACCGAUGAACAGAAAAAAUUAGUUAUAGGAGGAGAAGCUUGCAUGUGGGGAGAAGUAGUUGACGUAAAUAAUGUAUUGUCGAGGGUUUGGCCGAGAGCUUGUGCAACUGCUGAAAAAUUAUGGUCUUCGGGUAAUGAGUUUAACAUAGGAGAAGCUGCCAAACGUUUGGAAGAACACACUUGUAGAAUGAAUAGAAGGAAAAUUCCCGCACAACCGCCAAAUGGGCCAGGCUAUUGUCCAGGACUCAACUAUGCGUAA